AUGGUUUGGAUGUAUACAAAUGUAAUGAGAGGCUACCUAGUUGCUAUCAGUGACUUCAUCACGUGCAUAUUUGUUGAUUUUCCUCACUCUGACUGCUUUAACUCUGACAGCCUUCUCUGGAGCGCUCAGGGGCCCACUAGCAAGGAGCAUCAGCCACCCCCAUGGCGUCCUUUCGCAGAGGUUUUCUUCUUUUUCUUCUCCCGGGAUCGCCUUCCUGUAUGGCAUCUUGUCUGCGCAGCAGCCUGGCGCGAGCUGCUCCUGCACUGGCCUCAACGCCUCAACCGCUGUUACGCUGUCGCAGUCGGGCUUCAGGACAGUGGAGCCAUGUUCAUUCUUCUGGUGUUUCUCACCGGGCUUGGUGGGCUGCACGCAGGCUACAAGUCUCAUAAAAACUUUCUACACACCACUGUUCCUGAAAAGAUUUCAUCAACAGAUGCAAAACACGAUCCAGAAAAUAAAGUUGCUUAUAUCAUUACAAUAGAAGGAAAACCAUAUUUUGUCCAUCUUAAAAAGCAAUCAUUUUUAUCUCCAUCAUCUCUUAUUUAUUCUUAUGACAAAAAUGGAACCGAACAUUCUCAGCCUUUGUUAGCUCAGAUGGAUUGCAAUUAUAAUGGAUAUGUUGCAGGUUUUGUAAAUUCUCUUGUGACACUCAACACUUGUUCAGGACUCAGGGGAAUAUUGCAGUUCAAAAAUGUUUCCUAUGGAAUUGAACCAAUUGAGACUCUAUCAGGAUUUAUGCACAUGAUUUAUGAAGAAAAAAGUAAUCAGAUUAAUAUUCCUCGCUCGGGAAAAAGAGUCAUUUUAGCUGAGUUUGAUGAAUCAACACAUGAAAGCAAAAGAACUAUACUGAAAACUGAAUAUACUACAUUAUUCCCUCGGUAUCUUGAAAUGCAUAUUGUUGUGGAUAAAAAUAUGUUUGAUUAUAUGGGCUCUGACAUAAAGACUGUAACACAGAAGGUCAUUCAUAUCGUUGGCCUUGUUAACACUAUGCUUGCCCAGUUAAAACUGACUAUUAUGCUAUCUUCCAUUAAAAUCUGGUCAAAUAAAAACAAGAUUUCUACUGUAGGACCUCCUGAGAAUGUGUUAUUUAGAUUUUUACAAUGGAAACAAGACAACUUAAAAUUACAAUAUAGCAUUUCUUUCUUAUUUGUCUUUGUGAAACAUGCUGCCUCUAUAGGUGUCACAUUUCCAGGAAAAGUAUGUAAUGAAAAUUAUGAUGCAGUAAUUGCUCUGUAUUCAGAGGGUUUAUCCUGGGAGUCAUAUGCUGUUGCUAUUGUUCAGUUGCUCGGAGUUAAUAUCGGAUUGACUUACGAUAGGGCCCACUGCUAUUGCACAGGAGAAGCAUGCACAAUGACACCAAAUGCAGUAUACUCCGGGGGUAUAAAGGAUUUUAGCACUUGUAGUGUGGAUGAUUUUAAAUAUUUGGCCUCAAAACAUGGCCUCACAUGUCUUGAGAGUAAUCCUUUUGAUGUACCAGUUCGUGUAGAAGCACAAAGGAAAAUAUGUGGCAAUGGAUUGAUUGAAGAAGGUGAACAAUGUGAUUGUGGCACUUCAAUGAAUUGUACACAUAAAGCGUGUUGUGAUCCUACGGCAUGUAUAUUAAAAGGUAACUCAGAAUGUGGCUCUGGAGAGUGCUGUUCACAAGCGUGCAAAAUCAUGACGAAAUCAUUUGAUAAAGACUGUGAUUUCCAAGAAUAUUGCAAUGGAAAGGAAGCAUACUGUGUGGCUAACAUUGCUCGCACUGGACAACCAUGUGGUUCGGGUACAGGCUUCUGCUUUGAAGGAUUUUGUCGGACUUUUGACCGACAGUAUUCUACAGGUGGUUCAUUUACUUGUUUUGAGGAAAUAAAUUCCAGAUGGGAUAGAUUUGGAAAUUGUGGCAAAGAAUAUUGUCGUUUUAGUAAUUUACUAUGUGGAAAAUUAGUUUGCUCAUGGCCACAUAAGGAUUUAAUAAUACGUCCAAUAUCUGUGGUUUAUGCACAUGUACGAGAGGAAAUAUGUGUAUCUACAUAUCUAACUGGUCGGUCGCCACCUCUGGACACAAUGACAACUUACCAAACACAUGAGCACAGAGAUGAAUCAUUUGUAGAAGAUGGCAGCAUGUGUGGUCCUCGAAUGUUUUGUUUCCAAAUGGUUUGUAGAGAAAUUCGACACUUUGUGGAUGAGGAGGGCUGCCAUGUUUCAAGAGAUUGCAGUGACCAGGGGAUUUGCAACAAUUUAAACCAUUGCCAUUGUAAUAAAGGAUUUGUCCCUCCCAACUGCCAGGCAAAAAGUGGAGAGUUUGGAAGUAUUGAUGAUGGACAUAUGAUUAAAAUGGGUUGGUGUCCUUAA